UUUGGAAAAAUUGAAGGAGGUCCCUAUUUGGCUCACGAGAUGCGUUAUCCCGGUGGAGAUUGUACAUCGGAUAUUUGGAUUUAA